AUGGUCGAUACUGGCACCGGAGCAAUACCUCGCCUUAAUAAGCAUCUUGUUGCAAGAGCGCGGACAUUGAAGAAAUCAGCUUCUCGGUGUUCGCCUACAGUAUUUUAUAGAAACUGCUGGAUGCAUCGUCUUCCUGGGGUACUUAUAGACGUGCCUCUGUCCAGGAGCAGAGGCGCCCAUUUGGUCAAUGAUUACAAUGCGAAGACAGCUUGGCAGUGCAUCAGGACUUGCUGUCUAAGACAGAAUGAUACUUGUAAUGUAGCCGUUUUCAAAUUUAUUCAAGAUCAGAGCCGUUCCAACUGUUUUCACCUCAACUGCCCAAGUCAGGAGAGCUGCAUAAUGAGAAGGAAGAUUGAUUUUAUACUCUUUAAUGUGAGAAAAGGAGAGGAUCCAGAUUUACUCAUUUUUGGAAAUCGGAGUAAAAGCAGAGAGCCAACCAACACGUCAAGAUUUAAUAAUUCAGAAUAUCUGGGUUUGGACAAACAACGCCACUACAACAGGUACGUUUCCCUUCUCUCACAAGCCACUCUUCCCACUUACAACUGGUACAAGUCUGUGUCACUUCCACCACAGACACCUCUUCCUUCCAUUUUCAACCUAGUGUCCAGCAACGAUUCUGCAAAUAUUACCAAUGGUGCAAAUAGCAGCCGAACCUACUCGCCUGCGCCGUCGGAGGCUCCAGCCUUAAUUGAAGGCGACGUGGCCGUUAGCAUCACGAGGCAAAGCAUGGCCCGGCUCUCUCACUUCCCAGCUGCCGACUACUACACCGAAGGAUUUGCCGACGUUACACCGACUUCCAACAUCCUCCCUCUGAACCAGGGGAACACCACGAAAGGGACCUCUGACAAGAACCAGACCAUUGCUAACACCACGACUCCUUCACGAUUGCAGCUGGGCCCAAAGAUUUUGUUGACUCCCUUGUCGAUGAUCUCAGUAAUCACAUUAACCUGUUUUUGUACUCUCCUAUGGAUAGCAGCACGGUGCCGGAAAAACAGGGGUCACUAUGAAACUCUUCAGCCAGGUGACGCGGGAUAGAAAACACAUGUACAAUGAACACACGGCUAGAGUCAGCUUAUACGAAAUGGCUUGAAUUAAUAAUUAUAAUAGAUCACUUUAUAGCAUGAUCAUUAAUUUGUCCUAAAACUGAAAGAGGGAACCCGUUUCAACCACUUAAACUGAGAAUUGAUACCCUUCCGUAUGAACAUUAUACUCAUCAUGCAAAUACUUUCUUCUAUUUGAACUACACCGGCUGCUCGAUUUCUUUUUAUAAUAAAUCUAGGGUUUUAAACGGUUGGUACUGAGAAAUAUUAGCUUGUAGUUUCUUCAUUAAUCCGUACAAACAGUUAUAUCUCAUACUGUGAAGUUGAAUCCACAAUGAAUCUCACAUCGGGUAGCCAGAAUCUAAUCACAGCUUUAAGGAACAAGUUAAAAGGAAUACAUUGUUGGACAGCUUUCUGCCCUUGGUUGCGAAGACGGUCAUAGUCUUUACUAAAAGUACCAGUGGCCACUAGCGGCGAAACAUUAAUACUGCGCCAACCUUUGCUUUUUAAACAAAUCUCAUUUGUCUAUUUUUCUCUUUUGCCGAGUGGUUUUAAUGAAGGUUGUGAUUACAGUUUUUCAGAAAAUAAAAUUGCUCACUUUUUCUUUGUAA